AUGGCGGAGUCUCAGUCCGGCCAUGACGACACCGAAAAGGCCACGGCAGUCCAUGUCAUCGACAACUUCCGUGUCCUCGGCCUGACAGACGACGAUGCCGAGUUCUACAACGCCUUCAGCGAGGAGCGACGGCGCCGCAUCAUACGCAAGGUUGACAUGCGCCUCGUACCCAUGCUUGCCAUCCUGUACCUGAUCUCGCACCUCGACAGAGCAAACAUUGGAAACGCCAAGAUCGAGGGACUGGCAGAGGACCUCCGCUUGACUAAUAUCCAGUGGAACAUUGUUUUGUCCCUCUUCUUUGUGCCAUACAUCCUUCUCGAAAUUCCCAGCAACAUGCUGCUUAAGAAACUGGGAAAGCCGUCCAUCUACAUUGGCAUUCUUGUCACGUCAUGGGGUGUUAUUAUGACACUUCACGGCGUUGUUCAAAACUUCGGCGGUCUCUUGGCUGUCCGGCUACUGCUGGGUGUUUUUGAGGCCGGCUUCUACCCGGGUGCUGUCUACCUCUGCACAUUUUGGUACAUGCCGAAAGACCUUGCCCAACGCAUCGCCUGGUUCUAUUGCACGAGCGCUCUGUCGGGCGCCUUCUCAGGCCUUCUUGCCGCUGCCAUUGCCCAGAUGGACGGAGUCGGGGGCUACGAGGGCUGGCGCUGGAUCUUCAUCCUUGAAGGCCUCGUCACCCUUGCCCUGGGGGUGGCCUGCUUCUUCUGGCUGAUUGAUUCUCCCGAACGGUCGGCCAGAUGGCUCGACGAAGACGAAAUCCGCUUCCUCAUGCUCCAGCGCUUCAUCAAGCAGGGCGGGAAGUUCAGCGAGGAGAAGGAAAAGUUCCAAUGGCACGACCUCAAGGCCGUCGUGACCAAUUGGCGCCUCUACAUGCAGGCCUACCAGCUGCUCUGCAUCUCGGCUUGCUCUUACGGCACCAAGUUCACAUUGCCGACCAUUACCAAGGCCAUGGGUUUCAGCAACACCAACGCCCAGCUCAUGACGGCGCCACCGUACCUGGCUGGCGCUCUCUCGGCACUCUUCUUCUCGUACCUGUCGGACCGCUUCUUCUGGCGCAUGCCCUUCGUCGCCAUCCCCAUGGGCCUGAUCACAAUCGGCUAUGCCGUGAUUUUGACCCGCGACGGUGAGCUCGGCGGAUCUAACCUCGGCGUUGCCUACUUUGCUGUCAUCCUCACCUGCAUGGGUAUCUACCCAGUUCAACCGGCCGGUUCGUCUUGGGCGGCCAACAACCUGGCGCCCGCGAACCGUCGCGCCAUUGGCGUCGCCUUUAACAUAUGCUUCGGCAACAUCGGCGGCAUUGUGGGAUCCUAUAUGUACCUGGACUCCGAGAAGCCCAAGUUCCCGACCGGCUUUGGCUUGAGCUUGGCCUUUGGCGCCACGGGCCUGCUGUGCGCGUUUCUGCUGGAGCUCAGCUAUAAGUGGGGCAACGCAAAGAAGGGCCGCUUGACGGAGGACCAGGUGCGAGCCAAGUACACCGAGGACGAGCUGCACAAGCUGGGAGACAAGAGCCCGCUGUUCAAGUACACGUUGUAA